UCAUCGGAGCAAAUGCUGUCAAGCGGCGUCCGGCUCCCCUCAUAGGCUGGCGGCAUCGAAGACUUGAUGAGUCUGUAGGGACAGGAGCACCUCCAUAUCGCGGGCUCUUCCAGGCCGCAUUCCGAGCUCGCUAGUCGCGCACAGCGUCGCCGACGUCACAGGGGGUAGACGCACCGACAUACUCGGAGAGAACGCACCCCGCGCGCCGCGCUGCAGGCACUGCGGGCGGGCGAGCACAGAAAUUGACGCACCGUGGCUGGUCGGACCAACCUUGUGUGACCGGCAUGGCUGACAUUUCGAACAAAUCAACCUCGAACCGAAUGGCAUAUAUUAGGCUGACGUCGGGGCGAUUGGGCCUGUGACGCGGAGGGUGCCCGAUCAUAUUGUACGCCUCAACAGAGCCGUUUCGAGCAGCCGGCGGCCCAUUUAGCCCUUUAUAUAUCUCCUCUCCACUCCUUCGCUCACCACCCCACCCCCUCCUUAAGCUUGCUACCGUCUGCUCCGGACUUCUUGCUGUUCUCUCUUUACUCGCGCGGUCGACUCAUGGACCGUGCGCACAGGAUGAACGUCCGCGCGGCCGCGGCAGCAAUCUCGCUCUUCGCGUCUGCUUAUGCCCAGACCAUUAGCCCGCCUGGUCAGCCGAGCACCAGCGACGCCCCUCUCGGUCAGUUCAAGAUCGUCGGGAACAGUAUUGCCAGCGCGCAACAGCUGUUUCUCGGGACGCUAGACAAGGUGUACAUCGUGGACAAGGUGGAAAACAACCCCGCCAAGAUUAACGGUCACCCAGCAUGGGCUUCCGAAUAUUCAAUCAGCAAAAACAGUGGUCGCCCGAUGGACAUCGUGACCAACACGUUCUGCGCAGGAGGCACUGUGCUCGGCAAUGGAACGUGGCUGAACGUGGGCGGGAAUCAAGCGGUCACUACUGGUGGUGUUGCGGCUUCUAGUCAAAAUGGCGGAGGCGUUUACGAUGAUCCGGAUGGGGGCAAGUCGUACGUUCGCUUGAUCAACCCUUGCGACGACUUCAGCUGUGAAUGGACAUUGACAGCCGAUAUGUCUACGCGGCGUUGGUAUCCCACUCUCGAGACGCUCGACGACGGCUCUGCGAUUGUUCUGGGCGGUUGCCUAUGGGGAGGCUAUGUCAACGAUGCGAGUCAGGACAACCCUACAUGGGAGAUCUUCCCUCCGACGGGCGACGGGCCCAUCCACUCCGACAUCCUCGCAAACACACUUCCUGCGAACCUGUACCCGCUCACAUGGAUACUGCCUUCUGGAAAGCUCCUCGUACAGUCGAAUUGGAAGACCGUGUUAUUGGACUACAAGAAGAAGCAGGAGACGCCCCUGGACGACAUGCUCGAUGCCGUCCGCGUGUAUCCCGCGAGCGGUGGAACGGCGAUGCUCCCGUUGACCCCGGACAACAACUACACGGCCACGAUCUUGUUCUGCGGCGGCUCCAACCUGCAGCCUGAUCAGUGGAAGACGAAUUGGGACAUCGCGCAGUUCAACGCGUCGACCUCGUGCGUGCGCCUCACGCCGGACCAGUCGUCCUCGUACGUGGAAGACGAUGCGCUUCCCGAGGGCCGCUCGAUGGGCAACCUGAUCCUCCUGCCGAAUGGCAAGAUCCUCAUGCUCAACGGCGCCCAGACAGGUACGGCGGGGUAUGGUACCGAGAACUGGGCGAUCAACGAGUCAUACGCGGACAACCCGGUCCUCAUGCCCAUCAUGUAUGACCCGAGCGCUCCCCAGGGUAAGAGAUGGUCGCGCGACGGCCUCUCCCCCAGCACGAUCCCGCGGAUGUACCACUCCUCGGCGACUCUCCUUCCUGAUGGGUCCGUCUUCGUGUCGGGUUCGAAUCCCCAUGCCGACUACGCCGUGGACAACGUGAAGUUCCCUACCGAGUAUCGGGUAGAAUAUUUCUACCCAUCGUACUACAACCAGAGGCGGCCGGAGCCCAAGGGCAUUCUCAGUUCGCUGUCGUAUGGUGGAAGCUACUUCAACGUCACGUUGACGAAAGACGAUCUGUUCGGUGACGUGAAUAACAUCAAGAACACCCAAGUCAUCGUUCUUCGCACGGGCUUCUCCACGCAUACCAUGAACAUGGGCCAGAGGAUGCUCCAGCUUGGGUCGACGUACACGGGCGACUCUGAAGGUAGCACAACUUUGCACGUCAACCAGAUGCCGCCGAACCCUGCGACGUUCCCACCCGGCCCUGCUCUGGUCUUUGUUGUCGUCAAUGGCGUUCCCUCAGUCGGUGUUCAGGUUAUGGUCGGCAACGGCAAGAUCGGAAAGCAACCCACUGCGGACGUAGCCACUCUGCCCACGUCCGCGAUCACAUCCACCGGCAGCUCGAACUCGAGCUCCGACGGCUCUGGUGACAAUGUUGCCCAGAGCCACCACAAGAGCGACGCCGAUGGCCUACACGGCUCCAUGUCGUCCUUCGCGGCUGUUGUUGUCACCGGACUUGUCUCUUGGACUAUGCUCGCAUCACUCCUCUGAAUGAGAGUAUGGACAGACUAUCUUGUUGUGAUCUGUGGUCUUCCUUCACGAACCAGUUCACGAUUUUAAGGACAUCACACUUGUUGUAACUCAUCCCCCUUAGGCACUCCGCAUCUUGUUUGUCUUUCUAGCCACUGCGGACAUCUAUCAUUCCCGGACUUGACAUUCAUACCAUCACCAUCGUACCGUACCCGUAUAUAAACAGACUUUCUGGGCUUCCAGGGUCCAUAGACUCUCGCGUCCACAAGACUUUGAUUUAGUAGCAUGCGUAGAUACAAUCUUACUACGUCCGCAUACGUACACUUCACGCAUCUCUAGUGACUAGUCUAUUAUUCCUUGGUGUCGCGCGCACACCGUCCGCAUAUUGGUGGUUGGUCCUCCAUCUACGAUCGAUGACCGUUAUACAGGGACGAAGCGUGACCGCCAGCCACCUAUCAUGACGAGAUACGUGCUAUGAGAGGUGUUCGAUCACCC